AUGGCUAGUCUUCCAUCAUUUUAUCCAAAUGCUACUGAAAAUGUUAAAAAUUUUCAAAAAAACUAUUUCCCACAUAUUAUUACUGAAGUAACCAAUGCCAUUAAAGAAAAUGAUGUUGUAGUUGUUGGUAUGCACCUUAAUCCACAUUGCUCACGUGCUGUUAAAGAGUUAAAUAAUGCCGGUGUUUCCCAUAAAUAUUUAGAAUAUGGUGGUUAUUUUUCAAUGUGGGGCGAAAGAUUAGCCCUCAAGAUGCAUUUCCAGUAUCCAACCUUUCCACAAAUUUUUGUUAAAGGUGUUUUAAUAGGCGGAUGUGAUGAAGCUGUCAAAGAGCUCCAACAAGGAACUUUAUUUAAUGAAUUAAAGAAAAAAUAA